AUAGUGAUUUCAACUAUUGUCAUUAAACGGAAUCACUUGGAAGUUGCACGUUUGGUAACACGUACUCAUUUAUGUUAUGCACAAUCAUCAUAACAUUUUGUUUUAAUUAUUCAAUAGAUACAGUAUUACAUAAAAGUUAUAAUAGUUUAAAUUAACUUUUCGCAUUCAAUAUUUUAAAAAUAAUUGUGUAUUGUAUAAUUGUAUACAUUCUUUCUGACUUCCAUUUGGAAAAAAAUUCGUUGUGUAUAUUUUAGAAGUUGAGGAAAAUGAAAGCAACAAAGUAUAGUUAUAAUAAGGCACAGCAUCCGUUUGUUGAAACAAUGAAUUCACAACAAUCGAGAUUCUACAAAAAUAUUUUGAUCCCGCCAACACACCAGCAACCAAUUCUUAGGAAGGGCAAUACAGCUUUGACAAAUACCGAUAGUUACCAUUACAUCAGAGGAAACACAGUUAACGCUCAAAAUAAUCCACAAUUUUAUCAAAACUCACACAAAAUAAAUACUGGUGGAAUGGCUGUAUUUAAUCAUAAUACUUCCAGUAGACAAAGAUUUGCUCCAUAUCCUAGCCAUAAGCGUUCAUACGCACAUGCUCUAGUGCAACCCACAAACAUAUGUUACUACAAUUAUCAAUCACAGAUGCAACAACAGGCACAAUCUUCAAAUCAUUUGAAUAUUAUUAAUCAAAGUUCAAUUACAACAUCUCCUACUGAUUCGAUCUACAGUUCGAAUCAGGGCCAAACGUUAAACGUUGCUAUUGGAUUAAACGAUAGUUUGCAUGAUCACAAUCCAAUGACAGGUGUUACAUUACAAAUAAGCAAUUUGGAUACCACUAUCGAAGAGAAUGAUCUUAAGCAAUAUCUUAUUAAUCGUUUGAAGCCAAUCGCAACGGUUUUAUCAAUUUACUUUGAAAGCCUGUCUGUUGCUAAAAUCAAAUUACCAACUGAUCAUCAAGCUCGACAAGUUAUUACGUACUUACACCGCAAAAAAAUCGGCCACAAACGUAUAACGGUUUCGUAUACACGGGAAUCUUCCACGCUUGAUUCAUCAACGCUACGUUGUCAGGUAGCAGGCUUACUUAAGGAUAUACCAAAUUAUAAAUUAUCCAUGUACAAAUUCCGCGAAUUGUUUCAAUCACGCUUCAAAACAUCAAUAAGCGUCAUGGAUUUACAUGAAAUGAAGGACAUUUGUACGAUAGUUGGAAAUAAGAAUGAAGAAUUUAUCACACUGCGCCCAGAACUCAUCAAUUCAAUCGAAAGCAGUGAACUUAUGGAAUGUUUUCAGCACAGUGUUCCAUAUUGCACCUUGCAUUUUGUGAAAAUUCACCGUGGAUGGGCUGAACAAGAGAUUGAUCCAUUGCCAAAUGUACAAAUGACAAUAAAUCAAGUACGCGAUGUUAUGUACGCUUUGUUGAAAAAUCACAAAAAUGUCAUCCCGAUCGCAACUAUUGCUCACUGUAUACAAGCUGAUUUGAAUAUUUCCCUGGAACGAAAUGAAAGUGGUGUUAAUUUUGAGCAUUUAAUCAGUUGUGUGCAAGGCAUUCAAAUAACAUCAAACAAGUUCAGCAUUAAAGUCUUAAGUUUGCUGAAUGGCAAUGAAAUGUCACCAAAGAGUAAGGAAUCAUCAAUAUCUGAUGAAGUAUUGCUUCCCAACCGAUAUUCCAAAUAUGGCAACGUGUCUGAUUCUUUUGCUCAAAUUUCACGUGAAAUUAUUGAAUUGAUCAAACUCUCACCAAAAGCAACGUUGAAAUUCAGUCGUUUUAUACCAGCAUAUCACAAUCAUUUUGGAAAACAAUGUCGCGUAGCUGACUAUGGAUACACUAAACUAAUAGAUCUUUUCGAGGCAUUAUCACAAGUUGUUCAAGUUAUGGGUGAAGGUGAAAAUCGUCAAAUAACAUUAACUCAUAAAGUGCAAAUGCAAAGAUUUAAGACGGAUUUACUGAGAAUUCUGCGAACACAAUCAACAAAAUCAAUUUUGCUUUCACACAUACCCAUGAUCUACGAACAAGUCCAGGGUAGGAAAUUCAACGUCACUGAUUAUGGUGUGUGUGAUAUUAAUGAUAUUCUCAAUACAUUGGUGAACACAAAUGUCGUGGUAGUUAAUUCCAUUCCACAUAUGGAAGACACCAUGAUAUCUAUACCAAAACGUAAACAAUCGACAGCAGAAAUGGAAAAAACAAGCCACUUUGCAG